GAGAAGAGGAGAUAGGUGGGAGCGAGGGAGCGAGGGAGGGAGCGAAGGAGGUAGAGAAGAGCGGAGGAGAGGGGAGGGAGCGCAGCUUGGUUGCUCCGUAGUACGGCGGCUCGCGAGGGAGAAUCCCGAGCGGGCUCCGGGACGCACGGGCAGGCGGGCAGGCGGGCGGGGAUGGUGUGCGGGGCUGCGGCUCCUGCGUCCCUCCCCGCGGCGAGUGAGCUGCACUGAUUUGUCCCUGGGGCGGCAGCGCGGACCCGCCUGGAGAUGAGGCGUCGAUUAGCCAGGUAAAAGUGACAGAACCAUGGCUCAGUUUCUAACACCUUUUGGAGGCAGCCUGGAUAUCUGGGCCAUAACUGUAGAAGAAAGAGCGAAGCAUGAUCAACAGUUCCAUAGUUUAAAGCCAAUAUCUGGAUUUAUUACUGGUGAUCAAGCUAGAAACUUUUUUUUUCAAUCUGGGUUACCUCAACCUGUUUUAGCACAGAUAUGGGCACUAGCUGAUAUGAACAAUGAUGGACGAAUGGAUCAAGUGGAGUUUUCCAUAGCUAUGAAACUCAUCAAACUCAAGCUGCAAGGAUAUCAGCUCCCUUCUGCACUUCCCCCUGUCAUGAAACAGCAGCCCGUUGCUAUUUCUAGUGCACCAACCUUUGGUAUAGGAGGUAUGGCUGGCAUGUCGCCGCUUGCAGCCGUCGCUUCAGUGCCAAUGGGACCCGUUCCAGUUGUGGGGAUGUCUCCACCUCUCGUACCUUCUGUUCCUACAGCAGCAGUGCCUCCCCUGGCUAACGGGGCUCCCCCUGUCAUACAGCCUCUCCCUGCAUUUGCUCAUCCUGCAGCCACAUUGCCAAAGAGCUCUUCCUUUAGUAGAUCUGGUCCCGGGUCACAAUUAAACACUAAAUUACAGAAGGCACAGUCAUUCGAUGUGGCUAGUGUCCCUCCUGUGGCAGAGUGGGCUGUCCCUCAGUCAUCCAGACUGAAAUACAGACAGUUAUUCAAUAGUCAUGACAAAACUAUGAGUGGACACUUAACAGGUCCCCAAGCAAGAACUAUUCUUAUGCAAUCAAGUUUGCCACAGGCUCAGCUGGCUUCAAUAUGGAAUCUUUCGGACAUUGAUCAAGAUGGAAAACUCACAGCAGAAGAGUUUAUCUUGGCAAUGCACCUAAUUGAUGUCGCGAUGUCUGGCCAACCACUGCCACCUGUCCUGCCUCCAGAGUACAUUCCACCUUCCUUUAGACGAGUUCGAUCUGGCAGUGGUAUAUCUAUCAUCAGCUCAACGGCAGUCGAUCAGAGGUUACCAGAGGAACCGGUUUUAGAAGAGGAACAGCAACAACUAGAGAAGAAAUUACCUGUAACAUUUGAGGAUAAGAAGCGUGAGAAUUUCGAGCGCGGCAGUCUGGAGCUGGAGAAGCGGAGACAAGCGCUGUUGGAGCAACAGCGAAAGGAGCACGAGCGCCUGGCGCAGCUGGAGCGCGCCGAGCAGGAGCGGAAGGAGCGGGAGCGCCACGAGCAGGAGCGCAAGCGGCAGCUGGAGUUGGAGAAGCAGCUGGAAAAGCAGCGGGAACUGGAACGCCAGAGAGAGGAGGAGAGGAGGAAGGAAAUCGAGAGGCGCGAGGCUGCAAAGCGAGAACUUGAAAGGCAACGACAACUUGAAUGGGAACGGAAUCGAAGACAAGAACUACUCAAUCAAAGAAACAAAGAACAAGAAGACAUAGUUGUACUGAAAGCAAAGAAAAAGACUCUGGAAUUUGAAUUAGAAGCUCUAAAUGAUAAAAAGCAUCAACUAGAAGGAAAACUUCAAGAUAUCAGGUGUCGAUUGACCACACAAAGGCAAGAAAUUGAGAGUACAAACAAAUCCAGAGAGUUGAGAAUUGCUGAAAUCACCCACCUACAGCAACAAUUACAGGAGGCUCAGCAAAUGCUCGGAAGACUUAUUCCAGAAAAACAGAUACUCAAUGACCAACUCAAACAAGUUCAGCAGAACAGUUUGCACAGAGAUUCACUUCUUACACUCAAAAGAGCCUUAGAAGCAAAAGAGCUAGCUCGGCAGCAGCUACGAGACCAACUGGAUGAAGUUGAGAAAGAAACCAGAUCAAAACUACAGGAGAUUGAUAUUUUCAAUAAUCAGCUGAAGGAACUAAGAGAAAUACAUAAUAAGCAGCAACUCCAGAAACAGAAGUCCAUAGAGGCUGAACGUCUGAAACAGAAAGAACAAGAGCGAAAGAUCAUAGAAUUAGAAAAACAAAAAGAAGAAGCCCAAAGACGAGCUCAGGAGAGGGACAAGCAGUGGAUUGAGCAUGCGCAGCAGGACGAUGAGCAUCAGCGGCCAAGGAAGCUCCACGAUGAAGAAAAACUCAGAAGGGAGGAGAGUGUCAAGAAGAAGGACAGUGAGGAGAAAAGCAAACUGGACCCGCAAGACAAGAUGAGCCGGCUUUUCCAUCAGCAUCAGGAACCAGCCAAGCCAGCUGUCCAGGCACCCUGGUCCACCACAGAAAAAGGCCCACUUACAAUUUCUGCACAGGAGAAUGUAAAGGUGGUGUAUUACCGAGCGCUGUAUCCCUUUGAAUCCAGAAGUCACGAUGAGAUCACGAUCCAGCCCGGAGACAUAGUCAUGGUUAAAGGGGAAUGGGUGGACGAAAGCCAAACUGGAGAACCAGGCUGGCUUGGAGGAGAAUUAAAAGGAAAGACGGGCUGGUUCCCUGCAAACUAUGCAGAGAAAAUCCCAGAAAACGAGGCUCCCGCUCCAGUCAAACCCGGGCCUGACCCAGCCUCUGCGCCUGCACCCAAACUGGCCGUGCGCGAGCCCCCCACUCCUGUGGCGGUGACCGCUCCAGAGCCCUCCACGACCCCGAACAACUGGGCUGACUUCAGCUCCACGUGGCCCACCAGCACGAGUGAGAAGCCGGAGACAGACAACUGGGAUGCGUGGGCCGCCCAGCCCUCGCUCACCGUCCCCAGCGCCGGCCAGCUAAGGCAGAGAUCAGCAUUUACUCCAGCCACAACCACUGGCUCUUCUCCGUCUCCUGUCUUAGGCCAGGGCGAGAAGGUGGAGGGACUACAAGCCCAAGCCCUGUAUCCUUGGAGAGCCAAAAAAGACAACCACUUAAAUUUUAACAAAAAUGAUGUCAUCACCGUCCUGGAACAGCAAGACAUGUGGUGGUUUGGAGAAGUUCAAGGUCAGAAGGGUUGGUUCCCCAAGUCUUACGUGAAACUCAUUUCAGGGCCCAUAAGGAAAUCUACAAGCAUGGAUUCUGGUUCUUCAGAAAGUCCUGCUAGUCUGAAGAGAGUAGCUUCACCAGCAGCCAAGCCAGCCGUCUCAGGAGAAGAAUUUAUUGCCAUGUACACUUACGAGAGUUCUGAGCAAGGCGAUUUAACCUUUCAGCAAGGGGAUGUGAUUUUGGUUACCAAGAAAGAUGGUGACUGGUGGACAGGAACAGUGGGCGACAAGUCCGGAGUCUUCCCUUCUAACUAUGUGAGGCUUAAGGACUCAGAGGGCUCUGGAACUGCUGGGAAAACAGGGAGUUUAGGAAAAAAACCUGGUAAGUUACAAACCCUGAUGCUUAUUUUUCAAUGUUUUGAAUGUAAUUGAUAGUUGCUCCCAAUCUUUGUUCGGAGGGCCGGAAGAUUUAAGAGAUCGAUAACACUUUGGGCUGGGCCUUAGUAUCUCAGGCCCAUU